GUAGGCGGGCUCUCCCGGCCGGCGCGAGUCCCGGGACACUGAGCUGCGCGCGGCGGCAUGGGCUGGUGGCGGUCUGCGCUGCGCUUCUUGUGGAGCUCUCUGUCGAAGGAGGUGAGGGAGCACGUAGGCACGGACCAUCUGGGGAACAAAUACUACUACAUCGCCCAGUACAAGAACUGGAGAGGACAGACUAUUCGAGAGAAAAGAAUUGUAGAAACAGCAAACAGAAAGGAGCUAGACUAUGAAGCAGGAGACAUCCCAACAGAAUGGGAAGCAUGGAUUAGAAGAACGAGAAAGACUCCACCUACUAUGGAGGAACUACUAAAGAAUGAAACAUACAGAGAAGAAAUUAAAGCAAAAAGCAAAGAGUUUUAUGAAAAAGAUAAACUCGGUAAAGAAACCAGCGAGGAACUCUUGCCUCCACCUGCAAUUCAGAUUAAAGGACAUGCCUCUGCUCCAUAUUUUGGGAAGGAAGAACCCUCAGUGGCUCCCACCAGCACUGGGAAAACUUUUCAGCCAGGAUCCUGGAUGCCAGAAGAUGACAAAAGACAAAAUCAAUAAAAAUACACUAUGGUAAAGUCAUUUCAUUUAUAUGGAUAUGGCUAUUGUAACAAAUAAAACAAAGGUUAAAAGUUGA